AUGUGCAACACCAGCUGCUCCUCGGGCUGCCAGCCAGCCUGCUGUGUGUCCAGUCCCUGCCAGCCAUCCUGCUGUGUGCCUGUGAGCUGCAGGCCUGCCGUGUGCAUUCCUGUGAGAUGCCAAGUGGCCUGCUGUGUGCCUGCGAGCUGCAGGCCCACUGUAUGCGUGGCCCCCUCCUGCCAGUCCUCUGUGUGUGUGCCCGUGAGCUGCAGGCCCACUGUGUGCAUGGCCCCCUCCUGCCAGUCAUCGGGGUGCUGUCAGCCAUCCUGCCCCACCCUGGUCUGCAGACCUGUCACCUGCAGCACCCCCUCCUGCUGCUGA